AUGGCUUCUACUACUGGUGAUGACGAUGAAAGUGUUACAGUAGCCUUUGGUUGUGACUAUGCCAAAAGUAGUAAUGCUCGAUGCCAUGGUAAAUCUUGUGAUAAUGAAAUAUCGAAAGGAACACUUCGUCUAUUUCGUUUAAUACCAAAUCCAUUUAUUCCUCAGUCAUCAACACGUGAAGAACAAUUAAUGCCUGUUUAUUAUCAUGUUCAAUGUUUUAUAAAUUAUUUACGUUCAGGAAAUGAAAAUAAAAAACGUGUGCAAAAUGUUGAAAAAGAUCUUCAAGGUUUUAAUGAAUUAAAAAAGAAAGAUCGAGAUAGAUUAAAAAAACUUUUUGGUUAUGAAGAACAAAUUCAAGGAAAAUUAUCUGAAACAUCAACAACAGCUAAUACAACUUAUUUAGAACAUGAUGAAGAAAAAAAAUAUUGGCAAAUUUCUAUUGAUAAUAAAACAACAAAAACGAAAUAUGGUUUAUUAGGUGAAGCAGAUUCUAAUGCAAUUAUUUUAUAUAAAGAUUUUUCAACUCAAUCAGAAGCACAAAAAUAUGUCGACAAAAAAACACAAGAAAAACUUAAACAUAGAUAUACUAUUAAAAAACAAACAGGUGCUCAAACAAAUGAUCAAACAUCAGUAUCAGCAUCACGAAAAAGAAAACAAUCUUCAACACCUGUCAAAACAACACCAACAAAACGUACAAAACGGCAAGCAACAACAUCGACAAAAAAAUCGAUCGGUACAAGAAAACAACCCACAAGAUCAGCUUCAAAAAAAACAAAAUAG